AGGACUUAAAAUGGCAGAAGAUUCCUAUAUUAUGUCUGAUCCCCAAAUGUUUACAAUGGAGCAGUUCAUGGGAGUGAAUGCAUUAUUUAAUAACACAAAUUACAUCACCUCAGACUUACCACUACGAACAGCAGAUGGACCAUAUCUUCAAAUCAUAGAACAGCCAAAACAGAGGGGGUUUCGUUUCCGAUACGUAUGCGAAGGGCCUUCACAUGGUGGACUUCCUGGUGCUUCUAGUGAAAAGAACAAAAAAUCAUACCCUCAGGUCAAAAUCUGCAAUUAUGUUGGACCUGCAAAAGUAAUUGUCCAGUUAGUUACUAAUGGGAAGUACGUCCACUUACAUGCUCACAGCUUGGUGGGUAAAUUUUGUGAAGACGGAGUAUGCACGGUUAAUGCAGGACCUAAAGAUAUGGUUGUAGGGUUUGCAAAUCUUGGAAUACUUCAUGUCACAAAGAAGAAAGUGUUUGAAACUCUGGAAGCACGCAUGAUAGAUGCUUGCAAAAAAGGAUACAACCCGGGACUCCUGGUGCAUCCUGAACUUGGCUACCUGCAGGCGGAAGGAUGUGGAGACAGACAGCUAACUGAACGAGAAAGAGAAAUUAUUCGUCAGGCAGCAGUACAGCAGACUAAAGAAAUGGAUCUCAGCGUGGUGCGUCUUAUGUUUACAGCCUUUCUCCCUGACAGUAAUGGUAGUUUCACACGGAAACUUGAUCCUGUUAUAUCAGAUGCAAUAUAUGACAGCAAAGCUCCCAAUGCCUCCAACUUAAAAAUCGUAAGAAUGGACAGAACAGCAGGGUGUGUAACAGGAGGGGAAGAGAUUUACCUUCUCUGUGACAAGGUUCAGAAAGAUGAUAUUCAAAUACGUUUCUAUGAAGAGGAUGAGAAUGGAGGUAUGUGGGAAGGCUUUGGAGACUUUUCUCCUACAGAUGUACAUAGACAAUUUGCUAUUGUGUUCAAAACACCCAAGUAUCGAGAUGUCAAUAUCACAAAGCCAGCAUCUGUAUUUGUACAACUGCGUCGGAAGUCUGAUCUAGAAACAAGUGAACCAAAGCCUUUUCUCUACUAUCCGGAAAUCAAAGAUAAAGAAGAAGUGCAAAGGAAACGACAGAAGCUCAUGCCAAACUUCUCUGAUGCCUAUGGUGGAGGCAGUGGCACAGGAGGCGGUGGCAUGUAUGGAGGGGGAGGUGGCGGUGCUGGCUCUGGGUUCAGUUACCCUUCAUACGGAUACUCUGCUUUUGGAGGGAUGCAUUUCCACCCUGGCACAACAAAGUCCAAUGCCGGAAUGAAACAUGGUAACAGACUAUCAAAUAGCACAGCUGAACAAGAUGGGAAGAGCUCUGAUAAACAAAGUGACAUAUGGGACAUGAAACAUGAUGUGAAAGUGGAAACUAUGGAGAGGAAUGAGUGCAGAACCUCUGGUGAUAAUGAGGAGAAGGAGGAUGCUGCUUCUUCCUGGAAAACUGAAGUGAAUGAAGCAGAGUGCAGGUGGCAGG